GGCAAUAUAUCAGAAGACUUUGGUGUUUAUCCAAAUCUUGAUUUCAUAGAUAUGAGUCACAAUAAGUUUUAUGGUGAAAUUUCACAAAAAUGGGGACAAUGCGCACAACUAGAAACCUUACUAAUUGUGGGAAACAACCUUAUUGGUAGCAUACCUCCCGAGAUUGUCAAUGCUGACAAAAUCCAUAGACUCGACCUUUCUUCAAAUCACUUAGUUGGGGCCAUUCCGAAGGAGUUCGGGAGAAUGACAUCUUUGCAGAAGUUGAUGCUGAAUGGAAACCAACUUUCAGGCUGUAUACCUUCGGAAUUUGGAUUACUUGUUGAUCUUGAAUAUCUCAACUUGUCAUCAAACAAAUUAAUUGGGUCAAUUGCGAGCACAUUAGGCGACUUUCUCAAAUUGUACCAUCUGAAUCUGAGCAACAAUCAAUUUUCCAAAGGAAUUCCAUUGAAGUUGGAAAAGUUAGUUCAAUUGAACGAACUUGAUUUAAGUCACAACUCACUUGAAGGUAGCAUACCACCUGAAAUUAGCAAAAUGGAGAGUCUACAGACACUUAAUCUUUCUCACAACAAUCUUUCGGGUUUCAUACCCUUAAGUUUUGAAGGCAUGCAUAGCUUGUCAUAUGUGGAUGUAUCUUACAAUGAAUUGGAAGGUCCCAUUCCCAACAAUAGAGCAUUUCGACAAGCUUUGCUAGAAGCUUUACAAGGGAACAAAGGACUGUGUGGCGACGUUGAAGGUUUGCAAUCUUGCACAGUUGGCCCAAGAAAGGACCGCAAAUGGGUAUUUGGAAUCACAUUCUCCCUUAUAGUAGCAAUUUUACUUCUUUCUGCUUUCUUUACAAUUAAAUUCAUAGUGGAAAGAAAGAAGAAACAUCUAGAAAAAGCAGAAAAAUGCUUGCAUGAAGAAAUAUCGUUUUUAGUUUUAAAUUUUGAUGGAAAGUCAAUGUAUGAGGAAAUCAUAAGGGCGACAGAAAAUUUUGAUUUCACAUAUUGCAUUGGGAGCGGAGGACAAGGAAGCGUCUAUAGAGCAAAUUUGUCGAGUGACAACAUAGUGGCUGUGAAAAAACUACAUCAAUUGUGGGAUGGCGAGAAGAAUUUGGAGACAGCAUUCUUGAAUGAAAUAAGGGCACUAACAGAGAUAAGACACCGGAAUAUUGUUAAGCUUUAUGGUUUCUGUUCACACCAUCAACACUCGUUCUUGGUGUACGAGUUUGUUGAAAGAGGUAGCUUGGCUACAAUUUUGAGGAAAGAUGAAGAAGCUAAAGAAGUAGGGUGGAGAAAAAGGGUUAAUAUUGUUAACGGUGUAGCUCAUGCCUUGGCAUACAUGCACCACAAUUGCAUGCCACCAAUUGUGCACCGGGACAUAUCAACCAAGAAUAUUUUGUUGGAUUCUAAAUAUGAGGCCUCUGUUUCAGACUUUGGCACUGCUAAGUUUUUGAAUCUAGACUCAACAACUUGGACUGCUGUUGUAGGCACAUAUGGGUAUGUCGCACCAGAACUUGCAUAUACCAUGGAAGUGAACGAAAAAUGCGAUGUUUAUAGCUUUGGAGUGGUUGCUAUGGAAACAAUCAUGGGAAGGCAUCCUGGUGACUUUUUCUCAUCAUUCUUAUCAAUGCCAUCUUCAUCCACAUCGUUAUCAGCAUCAACAUUACCACCCCAUCAAAUGUCAGUUGUGGAUGUUCUGGACCAACGCAUUUUGCCUCCAACACAUCAAGAAGCAAGGGAAGUACUCUCUCUUAUGAAGAUUGUGUUUUCAUGCUUGAAUCCUAGUCCACAUUCUCGCCCUACAAUGAGACAAGUUACUUAA